CAGGGCAAUGGCAUAAGAAGGAACAGGAAAAUUUAUCAUGAGGCCUCAUUUGAAUUUAAUUACUAACCAACCACCUCUCUAAAGUGAACCAUCUUUCUUCUUUUGCUUUAUUCUACCACCACUGAGGCCAAAUUUUCUCUGACUUUGACAUCAUGGAUCCUAGGAAGGUUUACAGUGAGAUGCAGAACUUAGCCAAGGUUGGUCAGAGCUUCCCAAAUCCUGAAGACCGUCGCUUCCUUUGGGAAUCAGUAGAAAGUAUGGAAAGUUCCCUAACAUCUACUCUGAGCACUAUCGCUGCAGAGGAGGUGUUCAAGGAGGCAGAUAAACUGCCAGAAGAAUGUGAGGAUGAGGAGCAUGGUCUGACAUCUGCCAAGAAGGGCAUGAUUGAACCUGACCAGGAUGAUACCCAAAAGAUGGAAGGCCACAACUUGCAAGUAACAGAUGAAAGGAUGAAGCAGAUCAGUGAAAAAACAGCAGAGGCCUUUGAUGUCUUGGCAAAAGGAGAACUCCAGAAAGGAGCUGACUUAUUCUCAGAUGUCAUCAGGUUGAAUCCACAUCUUGCCCAGUCAUAUAUUAGCAGAGCCAAUGUCUUUCUACAGCUACAAAAGCCCAUGGCUGCCAUUAGGGACUGUGAGAGAGCAAUUGAGCUCAACCCUAAUUCAACACAGCCCUAUCAGUUGCGAGAAAAAGCACUCCAACUCUUGGGACACUUGGAGGAGGCAGCCUGUGACCUGGCCUUGGCCCAUACAUUGGGCUUUGAUGAUGCUAAUGCUGUGCAAAAAUCUAGCCAUGUGAAAAGAGUGAAGAAGGCUCAAGGAAAAGAAGCAGGUGUUAAAAAGGUGGCUCUGGGGGAUCAGGAGAAAGCUCAGAGAGAGGAAGAAUCCACUGAGGAGCCCGAGAGUGAGGAGAGCGAGUUGGAGACUGAUAGUGAAGGGGUGAUUGAACCUGAUGAGGAUGACCCCCAAGAGAUGGGAGAUGAGAAUUUAGAAGUAACAGAUGAAAUGAGGAAGCAGGCAAAUGACAAGAAGAGGGAGGCCUUGGAUGCAGUGGGUAAAGGUGAUCUGCAGAAAGCUAUCAAUUUGUUCACUGAUGCCAUCAAACUGAACCCACAGCUUACCAUCUUGUACACCAACCGAGCCAGCAUCUAUGUGCAAUUGCAGAAGCCAAAUGCUGCCAUUAGAGACUGUGACAAAGCCAUAAAAAUCAACCCUGAUUCUGCACAAUCCUACAAAUGGCGAGGGAAAGCACUCAGGCUCUUGGGUCACUGGCAGGAGGCAGCCAAAGACUUCGCCUUAGCUUGCCAGCUGGAUUAUGAUGAAGAUGCCAAUGCUAUGCUGAAGGAGGUUCAUCAGAGGGCCCAGAAAAUUGACAAACACUGGUGGAAGUAUGAGCAAAAACACAAGUUAAAAAUAUUUAAGGACACAUUGAGCAGGCUGACAAAAGCCCUGGAGGAGCAGAACCGAGCUCAGCUUCAGGCCUCUGAGGAGCUGGAGAGAGUUCAGUUUGGGGAUCCUCAGGAAGAGGAAAGAGCACUGUCUCAGGCUUCCUCAGAACAUGAACAAAAAAUUCAGUCUCAGGCUUCUCAGACAUGUGUAAAUGACUAUUAUAUAUUUUCUGGAGAGCAAGAGGGGGAACAGGAAAAUCUUCAGCUGGAGACCCAGGGAACAGCUGACAGAGAGGAAGAGUCUAGUGAGGAGAGUGAGUUGGAGAUUGAUAGUGAAGGUGUGAUUAAACCAGAUGAAGAUGAUCCUCAAGAGAUGGGAAAUGAGGAUUUGGAAGUAACAGAUGAAAUGAGGAAGCAAGCAAAUCAAAAAAAGAAAGAGGCCUUUGAUGCCGUGGGUAAAGGUGAUCUGCAAAAAGCUAUUGACUUGUUCACUGAUGCCAUCAAACUGAACCCACGGCUUACCAUCUUGUAUGCCAACCGAGCCAGCAUCUAUGUGCAGUUGCAGAAGCCAAAUGCUGCCAUUAGAGACUGUAAUAAAGCCUUAAAAAUCAACCCUGAUUCUGCACAGCCCUACAAAUGGCGAGGGAAAGCACUCAGGCUCCUAGGUCACUGGCAGGAGGCAGCCAGGGACCUUGCCUUGGCUUGUCAGCUGGAUUAUGACGAAGAUGCCAAUGCUACACUGAAGGAAGUUCAGCGGAGGGCUCAGAAAAUCACCAGACACCAAAGAAAGCACAAGCAAAAUCACAAGGAUGAUGAAUUUAAGGAGAUGGUAGAAAGGAUGAAGGAAGCCCUGGGUAGGCAGAAGAUUAAAAAAGAAUUACAAAGAGAUGAGAAGAUAUCCCUAGAGCAACAAGAAGAGGGUUGGGAAAAGGUUAUCAUAGAACAGGAGAGAACAACUCAGAGGGUGCUGGAAGUACAGGGAAACAUUGAACAGGAGGUGACAGAGGAGCAAGAGAGAGCUGACUUAGCAGAGAUGCAAGAAAAAGGGGCAGUUCAGCAGAUGGAGUUGGAGCAACAGUUGAUUGCUUUGCAGAUGGAGCUAGAGGAACGGCUGAAAGUUCAGCAGAUAGAGCUGGGAGAAGAGGAGAGAGCCCUACAGAAGAUGCUGGAAGGACACAAAAGAGCUCAGAAGAAGGUGCUGGAAGAGCAAGAGAGAAUCCACCUGGAAGCUCUGGAGCAGCUAGAAAAGGCUCAACAGCAGGCCCUGGAAGAGCUGCUGAGUGUUCAGAAGAAGGUCCUGGAGGAGCAGGAAAGAGCUCAGAAGAAAUCUCUGGAAGAAAAGGAGAGGGCUGAGAAAGCCCUGCAGGAGCUAAGAAGAGCUCACAAAAAGGCCCUGGAGGAACUGGAGGUCGCUCAGAGAAAGGCCCUGAGUGAGCAUGUAAGGGCUCAGCAGCAGGCUUUAGUGGAACAAAAGAAAACUCAGAUGGCUAUGGAAGAACUGGAGAGAGCUCACAAGAAAUCCCUUGCAGAACAAGAGAAAGCCCAGAAAGCUGCACUAGAGGAGCAGAAGAGAGUCCAGAAGGCCCUAGAGGAACUAGAGAGAUCGCAGAGAAAGGCUCUGGCAGAGCAGGCAGGAGCACAAAAGGCAGCCAUAAGGGAACAGGAAAGAGCCCAGAAAGCCUUGAUAGAAUUGGCAAGAGCUCAGCAGCAAGCAUUGGAAGAACAGGAGAGAGCUAAGAAGAAGGCCCUAGAGGAACAGGAAAGGGCUCAAAAGGCCCUGGACACACUUGAGAAAGCUCAGAAAAAAGCCCUGGAGGAACUGGAGAGAGCUCAGAGAGGUGCCCUGGGUGAACAACAGAAAGCUCAGAAGAAAGCCAUGGAGGAACAGGAGAGAGCUCUGAAGGCCCUGGAGGAGAUGGAGAAAUCUCAGAGGGAGGCUAUGGACAAAGAAAAAAGGGGUCAGAAGAAAGUGCUGGAGGAACAGAGGAGAGCUGAGGAAUUGGAGAGCGCUCAGGAAAAGCUUCCAAAGGAACAGGAGCCAACUCAGAAAAGAGCCCAAGAAGAACAUGAGAGGACUCAUACAAAGUUCUCUAAAGGACUAAACCAAACAUACAGGAAAGACCUCGAGAAAGUAGAGAAUGCUCAUAAAAAGUGUUCUGUGGACCAGGAAGAACCUCAGAGGAAGGAUUCAGAAGAACAGGAAUCAGCUCAAGAAACUGUCCAAGAGGACCAACUGAGAGCUGAGAGGGGGAAAGAGCAGGGAAAACAUUCCUUGAGACCACUCGCAAACUCCCUCUGGGAUUAUUUUGAAUCAGGGUAGGUCUUAGGAGCCUGAGUAUUGUCUGAAUUUGCCUUGGGAUUCAACCACCACUGACAAACACAAGAACUAGCAUGUGCUCACAGUAUCAUGUAAGAACUGAAGUGAAUUUGGAGGUCAUCUGCAACU